UUUUCUACCACUCCGCCCGCGUGCAUAUCCUCACGCAUAACUCGCAGCCCGCACUCGGCCCCGGCUUAGUGUUGCACCAGCCUCUAACCCCCCCAGGCCUGCCCACAUCCCUCGACACUUGGUGUAGCGGACUUCCUACAAGACCCUGCCACACUUCACUCCUACAAUCUAUCUGCCCCUCCCACCGAGCACAACACGGACGCCCACACGCGACCAUGACCACCGUUGUCGCCAAUCCCCCGGCCCCUGCCCAGCAUGCGGCACCGGCGUCGGCAGACGGAGUAGGCUCCUCGAGGACAUAUGCUCCCAUUGCGCCCUCUACUCUCUCUCCCCACCAAGUGACGCCCAACUCUCGCUCUAAGCUGCCACCAAGAGAAGAUGCUUCACCUACCUCCUCCAGCCCAGGUGCACAGCACAGAGCCGAGACAAAGCCCUCACCUCUUUCGUCUCGUGGCCCUGUCCCCAAAGUCGUAGUCAAGAAGGAGCCCACAUCGCCAGACAUGCCCACCACCACCAGGCAUCGGCCCCAGCGCCUCAACCUCGCCAACCACAACAUUGUCCACUCGUCGGGUGCCCUCACGGCACGACCCUCGGGCCAAGGCAGUGCCCACCUAGGCCUCCACGAUGUUGGCAUGGCCUGCCUCUCACCUGGCUUCCACACCCAGGACCCCGGUAUGCGCGAGCAGCUGCAAAGAAGCUUGGAUGUAAGAGAACGCCAAAGGCAGAUCAUCGAGGCGCGCCAGAAGGGCGGCAAGAGCGGACCAUCCGAGACAGAAGACACACGGGGCACAGAGAUUGGUGCUUUUGGACGGACAAUCAAGACACCUCAAACCUCUCGCCGGAAGGGCCCACCGCCCGGUCUUUCCAUUGCGCCUCCUUCACAUUCGUCCUUCUCCAACGACCGUGUAAUCCAGUCAGCGCCCAUCAACCAAACCUUUACUGGUCUGCGCGGCAAUGCACCACCCUCACGACAGCUGGCCAACGGCCCGUCAAACCUGUCGCAAUCAUCACACAUCCACCAUGUACCGGCACAGCAAACCAACAACCGGUUACCCCCCAUCUCAGACGUCUUCCCAGAGCCUCUUGGAACAGCGCGGAACCCCUACCAUCAGAACAGCCCAGGACACUCAUCGCAUUCUAAUGUCCAGCCCCCAAUGCCAUCACCGAGCUUCCCGCCCCCACAAUUUACACAGCCGCCCCCAACAUCAAGACCCCGAGAAUACAAGUCCGCCGAGGAGGCUGUUCAACAACUAUCCGGGGGUCGCGAGGAUCUUCUGCCCCGUCUGGUCCAUUACGGUGGUCACCAACCCCCAACACCCCCCUCGCCAAUGCCCAAGAAUGGAUCGUCAGCAUAUGCAUCCAGGCCUGAUCUGCACCGAAGUGGCAGCUCUCGGAGACGCGGCCGCGACGAAUACGAACAAGACAACGGUACCCCGCCGCUCGGUCGCCAACAACCACGCCUCGGUCCCUUUGGCGCCGGCCGUGACUCACCAGAAACUCAACUGAAAAAGAAGGAAGAAUUCAUUGGACUGUGUGCAAGAGCUUGGGAUCUGUUUCACUCAUGAUGAUACCCGGCUUCGGCUUUGACUCGAUAAUUACUAUUCAGCGACAACUUGAUCUUAUUUCUAUCCUACGGCGCAUCAUCACUCUCGCUUCAAUCAUUUCGCUUCGAUUUCUCAGCAGGUCGUUUUGAACACUGCAACUUAUUACCCCUUCGUAUUCGCGCAUUAUUGAUCUUCGAUACGUUUUUGUAAAAGCGCCAGCAGAAGCAGCCUCGCAAGGGGUAUGCAGGGUUAUACCCAGACACACGCA